UAAGUUCACAUAUUGGCAGAGUGAAAAAAAUCAAAAGCGAGGUCACCUAAAAUUUGAGUGUUUAGUUUACAUAAUCCCCCCCUUCUCUCUAUAUUCCCCUCUUCUUGGAUCCCUUUCUGUAAUAGUCUGUCUUUCAACUUAUAUAAUUUUUCUGGGUUUGUUUUCUUGAUUUUUGACUGAUUUUUCACCAAAAAAUUUGAAGAACCAAGCUCAUAAUUGUGUGUUUUUUGAAAGCCAGGUGUUUCAGAAUAGUGAUCACUAGUUUUUACUUAAUUUCAGCACAAAUCUCUCCCAGGGUGUGUUUUUCAAUAUCCCUCAGAUUUGUAUCUUCUCUUACAAUCCCUGUUUCUUAAUUUUUACAAGAAACCAGGUUCUUUUAUUAUCUGUAUCUUCUACUUGUAUUUGUGUGUUUUUCAGGUUGAUUUGUAGAAAUGAUGACAGGUGUAGAUUUUGAUUUGUACAAUAGUUGUACAAGCAGUCCAAGUAGUUACUCAGAUCCUUGUAGUGAAGAGCUGAUGAAAGCACUUGAACCUUUUAUGAAAAGUGCUUCUUCAACAGACACUUCUUCUUCUAUCUCUUCUCUUUCUCCUAGUCCUACUAGUAAUUUCUACUACCCUUUUGACUCUUCUUUCUCUACCCAGCCCCCUACUUUCCCGGUUUACAGCCCACCCGAAUCCACAACCCAAAUGUUUUCCACCGGGUUUUCGGGUUUUGCCCAUAUGGGUAUGGACCAGACAGGUUCUCUUGGGCUUAACCAAAUCACCCCAUCUCAGAUCCUCCAGAUCCAAGCUCAGAUCCAGCUCCAAAACCAACAGAACUACUAUUCUUCCAUUUCUUCUCUACCACCACAGCCCCAAAGAUCUUCCAACUUUCUUGGGCCUAAGCCUGUCCAGAUGAAACACACGGGAAGCCCAACAAAGCCCACAAAACUUUACAGGGGUGUUAGGCAAAGGCACUGGGGCAAAUGGGUCGCUGAGAUCCGUUUACCCAAGAACAGGACCCGGCUUUGGUUAGGCACUUUUGACACAGCUGAAGAAGCUGCUUUAGCUUAUGAUAGAGCGGCUUAUAAGCUGAGAGGUGAUUUCGCUAGGCUUAAUUUUCCACACUUAAAGUUAGAUCAAGAGCUAUCGACUUUUAAGCCAUUGCAUUCGACUGUUGAUGCUAAACUUCAAGCCAUUUGCCAAAACUUGAACAAAGAGCCCAAACAGAAGAGUGCAAAGAAGCCCAAAACUUCUAAGCCAGCUUUUGUCAAAGUGGAGGAAGCUUCCAACGGGUCGGAUCUUUCCGGCGGGUCAUCACCCGAAUCCGAAAUCUCGUUCCUGGAUUUUUCAGAGCCUUGUUUUGACGAGUCUGAGAAUUUCAUGCUGCAGAAGUUCCCUUCAGUGGAGAUUGAUUGGGAGGCGCUGACGUCAUCCCUGAUGUCAUAAUAAAUUUAUGUAUCUUUUUUUUCUUUAUAGGUGUAGUAUUGUAGCCUCUGAAAUGGUUUUUUUGACAUUUACAGAGGCGAGUCAUGCAGUCGUAGAAUAGGUUUAAGUUUGUGAAUUUUGUAUAUGUAAUUAUGUAAGGUAUAUUUUUAUAUGUACCUUGUAUAAUGGCCUGCUAGUAAUUUUUGUCUAGUAUUGGCCGAGGGAGAUGUCCUAACUAUGUUUUAAUGUAUUCCUAGUUUAUAA